AAGGAUGUGACUCCAGUCUCUCGUGUUUGUCAUCAGCCCUUCAUCUUUCACUCGUCUAUCUGUGUCAUUUCGUUCUUCGUUUGGGAAUGGAGCUCGAUGGAAAGUAGCCAUUGCGCACCCGUUCCGGUUUUCACAUUCGCGUCUGGAGAAUGAUCCACCGUCGGGUUCUUUUAUCCCAGGUUUUGGUCUGCUUUGGGUUGACUGGUCAUUAUGCUGAUGCCGAUCUGUAGUAUCAAGAACCUGUACCAGAAUCGCCUUUUCGGCCUGGCGGCCAUGGCUUCACCGACCCGCAGCAACCAGGGCCGCCAGCGCUGUAAGGAUCGUCACAGCUAUGGCCCAGACACAUAUGCUGUCAACGGUCUGAACCAGGAAGCCUUCAUGUUGGGGUUGUCACGGUCAACCAGUGACACCGAUCUGGUCUCCCCAGACACUCGCUCCACCCUCACCGUAAGCUCUUCGUACUACACUAUAGGCCAGUCUGAGGACCUUGUGAUCACAUGGGACAUCAAGGAGGAAGUGGAUGCUGGGGACUGGAUUGGAAUGUAUCUCGUCGUGGUUAUAGCUGUCUUUCCAGAUGAGCCUUUAUCUGAGAACUUUCUGGAUUAUAAGAACCGAGGAAUCAACGGAUCUCACAAAGGACAAAUAGUUUGGAAAAUCGACUGCAGCUCUCACUUCAGUGACUCUGAGACACUGGUCUGCUUCAAGUACUACCAUGGCGUCACCGGAGCGCUGAGGGCAACCACACCCAGUCUCACCAUCAAAAAGCCUAUGUUAAAGCCGGUGGUUAGUCCCGAGGUCAACCAAGGACUGGGCAACAGGAGACUCAUUAACUUUUCACUGUCAGACCUCCAAGCAGUUGCUUUGAAAAAGGGGAUGUUCUUCAAUCCCGACCCGUACCUCAAGCUUUCCAUUCAGCCUGGAAAGCAUAGCAUCUUCCCCUCGUUGCCGCACCAUGGUCAGGAGAAACGCUCCGGCGUUGUCUGCAACACAGUCAACCCGCAGUGGAACUCAGAGAGAUUUAACUUUUUGUCGCUACCGACUGAUGUUCUGGAGAUCGAGGUGAAAGACAAGUUUGCCAAGAGUCGGCCCAUCAUCAAGCGUUUCCUGGGGAAGCUGUCUGUCCCUGUCCAGAGGCUGCUGGAAAAAUAUGCCAUUGGGGACCGUGUUGUUAGUUACUCUCUGGGUCGCAGGUUGCCAACAGAUCACGUGUGUGGACACUUACAAUUCCGCUUUGAGCUCACCUCAUCAAUUAAUCCAGAUGAUGAGGAGGUUUCACUGGUCAUAGAAUCAGCGUGCCCUGAAGGAGGAAUCAACGCAGAUGCCAACAAUGCUGCCGAUGAACCCGACGACGACACGUUAAGCGUGGGACACGAUAUGCCCGACCUCCCUUUGGAUGCCCCUCCUGACCCCGACACCCCGAUGCCUCCAGCCUCACCAGCCGAACAGACCCAAACCGGCGAGUCGCCGUCUGCAGAGGUAGAACAAGUCGCUAUGGAGGACGAGAGCACAGUGAGGGAGGAACCGCCUGCAACUGAGCCGCAGGUACAGAGCGAAGACGGAGAAUCGCCUCACAACACCGUGAGAGCGCUAGUGGAGGGAGUAUUCGAAGAAGGGCAGCAGGGGGAAGAGGAAGCAGAUAGAGAAGAGAAUAUACAACAAGCUGAGGAGGGGAUAACAGUAGAACAAGAUGACAAGAAGGCCCAACCAGAUGUGCCAACUGAAAAUACUGAAAGUCCAAACAAUGAUAUUGUGACCGCACAGAGCAUUGACACAUCCCAAGAUUUACCCAUUGAAACAACUGAAGUAUCACCGGGCGGAGAAAGCAGCAACGGUCCCUGUGCCUGCCUCUUCUCGAACAACUCCCAAGGUCCUCUCCGGCGUAAAACCCGCCCUUGCUCCCUGCCGGUGUCGGAGCUGGAGAACGUGAUCGCCUCGGCUUGCGGCGAGCCGGAGACGCCCCGAUCCCACUACAUCCGCAUUCACCACCUCCUCCACAGUCUCCCCUCGGCACAGCAUCGAGCGCCGAGCCAGGAGGAGGAGGACAUCGAAGAGUGCGAGAACACAAGCACAACUCAGGACAACACAGCCACAUCACCUACACUUAAAAACUCCAAAGACAGAGAAGAGGAGGCCCAGGAAGAUGAGGAUGAGAUAACCCAGUCACCCUCUCAGAUCCCAGAGUGUCCCGGUCCAUGCUGCUGUCGCUCCCUACCACGCAGCCUCUCCAUUGAACGGCUCUCCGAACUCAACCAGCUCCUGGAAGGUGAUAAAGGAAGUGGAGUGCAUGCAGCAGUCAGAAGGAUCUCUCUCUCAUACCUUGAAAGCGAGGAGGGGGAUUCCAGUAAUGGAGUUGGAAAAAGAAAUCCAGGGAGCAGCCAUCGGGCCCGGGGUGAAACUGAGUGCGAGUUCUGCGACGUUUCCUGCUACAGCACCUCCUGCUACAGCACGUCCUGUUACAGCACAUCAUGCUACAGCAACUCGGGCCACGAGGGCAGGGGCCGCUUCUGCAGCCACACCCGCCUCUCCUCCGUGGACAGUAACCGGCUCUCCGGCAGCACCGUGUUCUCCUCCCAGGACGAAGAGGAGGACGAGAGCACCUUUGAGUCAGGACCAGAUGCAAACAACUGUCCUGAGGGCCAGGACGUGGGCGGGGCAGGUGGAGAGGGGAGGACUGGGAGAUGGAAGGAGGCCAGGAAAGAGGAGCAUGCAGAAUCAGCCGGGGCAGAGUCUGGGACCACCAACAGUACUGGCUCAGGCUUCUCACCUCCCGUUGGCCAUCCUCCAGUCCUUCUUCCCAGCCUUGACUUAAACCAUUUUCCUGCUGCCACUGACCAAGUCUUACCUCCAAACUGGGAAGCUCGUAUAGACAGCCAUGGAAGAGUGUUCUACGUCGACCAUGUCAACCGCACCACGACCUGGCAGAGACCGAGUCAUGGUGGCAAGUGUAACCAUGGGAUUCCCCGAUCAGGAUCCAGUCAACAGAUGGAACAGCUCAACAGGAGGUACCAGAGCAUCCGGAGAACCAUGGCCACCGAAGAGGAAGGUGGUAGUCAGCGGUUAGAGAGAACUCCCAGUGUCGAGAUGGACUCGGACGCUCCUCCAACAGCGACAGGUCCAGCAUCACCUGUCAAUCACCAGAAGAUCAGCCAGCUUCUUCAAUCACCCGCUGUCAAGUUCAUUACACAUCCGGAAUUCUUCACUAUGUUGCAUAGUAACUAUUCAGCCUACCGGAUAUUCACCAGCAGCAGCUGCGUCAAACACAUGAUCCUGAAGGUGCGGCGCGAUGCCAAAAACUUUGAGCGCUACCAACAUAACCGGGACCUCGUGGUCUUCCUCAACAAGUUUGUAGACACUCAACUGGAGUUGCCACGGGGGUGGGAGAUCAAGACUGACCCGCAGGGCAAGUCUUUCUUUGUGGAUCACAACAGUCGAGCCACAACCUUCAUUGACCCUCGAAUCCCUCUUCAGAAUGGCCGACUACCAGGCCACCUCGCCCACAGACAACACUUGCAACGACUACGCAGCUACAGCGCAGGAGAGGCUUCUGAUGUGUCUAGGAGUCGCGGGGCUUCUCUCAUGGCCAGACCUCCAAACAGCUUGGUUGCUGCCAUACGAAGCCAGCAUCAUGCUGACCCACAACAGUCCAAUGCUGCAUCGUACAAUGACAAGAUUGUGGCUUUCCUCCGGCAACCAAACAUUUUUGACAUGUUGCAGGAGCGGCAACCCAACCUGAACAGAAACUAUGCACUCAGGGAGAAGAUCCAUUACGUCCGGUCUGAAGGUACCCAGGGUGUUGAGAAGCUGUCAUGUGAUGCAGACCUGGUCAUCCUGUUAAGUUUAUUUGAAGAGGAGAUUAUGUCGUAUAUUGCGCCUCACCCCAUCCAUCCUGGCUUUAGUUUCUCCCCACGCUGUUCCCCCGGAAACUCGCCGCAGAACUCUCCUGGCUUGCAGAGAGCCAGAGCACCGGCCCCUUACCGUAGAGACUUUGAGGCCAAGCUCAGAAACUUCUACAGAAAAUUAGAAGCGAAGGGCUAUGGGCAGGGACCAGGCAAGAUUAAACUGCUGAUAAGGCGAGAACACCUACUGGAGGGCACCUUCAACCAGGUGAUGGCAUAUUCCCGCAAAGAGCUACAGAGAAACAAACUCUACGUCACCUUCCUGGGGGAAGAGGGGUUAGAUUACAGCGGACCCUCCAGAGAGUUUUUUUUCCUUUUGUCUCAGGAGUUGUUUAAUCCAUACUACGGUCUUUUUGAAUACUCGGCCAAUGACACCUACACUGUUCAAAUCAGCCCCAUGUCGGCGUUCGUUGAGAAUCAUCUAGAAUGGUUCCGUUUCAGUGGGCGCAUACUUGGCCUGGCUCUGAUUCAUCAAUACCUCCUUGACGCUUUUUUCACCAGACCCUUCUACAAGGCGCUACUCAGGCUCCCAACAGACCUUUCUGAUUUGGAAUAUCUGGAUGAGGAGUUCCAUCAGUCUCUGCAGUGGAUGAAAGACAAUGACAUCACAGACAUCCUGGACCUCACAUUCACUGUCAAUGAGGAGGUCUUUGGCCAGGUGACCGAACGGGAGUUGAAAUCUGGAGGUUCCAACCUGCAAGUAACUGAGAAGAACAAAAAGGAUUACAUCGAGCGAAUGACAAAAUGGCGGGUGGAAAGAGGAGUGGUGCAACAGACAGAGGCACUGGUCAGAGGCUUCUAUGAGGUGGUCGACUCCAGGUUGGUGUCAGUGUUCGAUGCACGCGAACUGGAGCUGGUUAUUGCCGGUACUGUGGAGAUUGACCUCGGUGACUGGAGGAGCAAUACAGAGUAUAGAGGAGGUUACCACGAUGGCCACAUCGUGAUGAGGUGGUUCUGGGCUGCCGUGGAGCGUUUCAACAAUGAGCAGCGCCUCCGCCUGCUCCAGUUUGUAACCGGGACGUCCAGCGUGCCGUACGAAGGCUUCGCUGCCCUGCGCGGAUCCAACGGCCUGCGGCGCUUCUGCAUUGAGAAGUGGGGCAAAGUUACCUCUCUGCCCAGGGCCCAUACCUGUUUUAAUCGUCUUGACCUGCCUCCAUAUCCCUCGUACACCAUGUUGUAUGAGAAACUACUGACUGCUGUGGAGGAAACCAGCACCUUUGGUCUGGAGUGAGACACGUAAAGCAGUCGAUGAGGGCAAACGUCCUUUUGGAACACUGCUGACCGAAGCCGUCACGCGAUAGACGGAUCCUAGAUUCUGCGAUCGGGCGGACUGCAGACUGAGCAAAGAUGUCGGUGGCGUGGAUAUACGUAUGUAAAAUGAAUGUUAUGGUACCGUGUAUUAGUCUCACAUUUGAGGGUCUUUGUGACAGGAAGCGGACGUUCGGACAACACAGCAGAGCUACAUUAGUGUUAGUGGAUGAACAAUGGUAUCAAUCAUAAAACUCGCAGCACGUACCCAGAUGCUAAUAGCAACAAGUAUAGCUUAAGUAUAAACUCAUUGAUGACAACUUAACAGUUAACAUUUUAUUUAAAAUUCCACUUUUUUCUGUUCAUUCAUGAAUUAUUUUACUCUAAAACUGUAAAACAGCACAAAUCAUGUUGUGAGUGCUGUUUUAAGAAGCAACAAUCAUAUUUCAAUUGAAAUAACUGAAAAUGUGAAAUGCUAUUCAUAACUGAUAUAUAUAUAUAUAUAUAUAUAUAUAUAUAUAUAUAUAUAAAUAUAUAUAUAUAUAAAAUGUAUUUUACAUGAUUAUAUAAAGGCUGUCUCAUAAAUGAGACGUGAAUUCAGCAUUCGGUUUACAUGCUCAGGUAGUUUAUUGGACAUGGCAACAAAUAUACAGAAAGGAAGUGACGGAUAUGCACUAAUGAAGAGUACAGACAGUGAUUUACAAAAUGGACGCCAAAGAAACAAUCACAUCUGGUAUUUAAUGUAGUAAAGCCUGCAUGAGAGAAUUAUUUAAAGGCUAAGACUAGGGAGCAACCAAUGCAAGGUUACAAUCAAAUCUGAAAUUAUAUAUUAAUAUAACGGCAAAGGCAGCAGAAUAGAUUAUUUAUUCACAUAAUUUAGGGUUAGAGUGAAGGAAAGCACUUCAAUUGACCAAGAACUAGGUAAUUAUAUAUAUUUUAAAAAAAUCAAUCAUUGUGGUCUGAACCACUGGAAGAUAAGCCACGAAUAUACAAAGCAUUUAAAAAAAGCCAUUUUUUCCCUCUUUGUUAUGCAAUGUCAAGAAGUGUAAUAUUCUAAAAAAGCAUUUUACAAGGGUUUUGGUCCUCUAAGGUAAGGAAGGGGAGUACAGUAAUCCUUUAAAUAAUGAAUUGCAGCAAAAUAGUGGAAACUAGUGGAUGUCAAACACAAAAGUCUGGUUUCCCAUAGUUCUACAUAGCACCCUUAUUUUCUUAUUUUUUGUCGACUAGCCUACGGGGAGACACACGCGUUCCCACACCGCAAUAAGUGCCAUUUCCAGUUUCAUGGCCGUCAUAUUUCUCUUUGACAUACCUUUCCUAACCCUCCUGUGGUAGCGUCACACAAUAAAAACAAACCCAAAAGCCAAGGAAGAGCAAAACACUUCUCACAAGAUUUGCUGCAAACUGGCUGACUUUGAGAGACUUCGGAUACAUGUAUUUUCCUCACUGAACCCCAAAUUGUUCCGAAAUUUCAAAUUGAAAUUUUCCACUGUACAUACAGUACCUUACUUGUAUGCUGUAAAUAGGUGUAUUUCAAUAAAUCGGAAUAUCGAAGAAAAGUUCAGUUAUUUCACAAGUUCAAUUUAAAAAGUGAAACCAGUUGGUUGAGCCAUAAAAAUAUCCUACGACGUUCACUUCUAUGCCUUUCUGUGACUGUUCCAGUCUCUGCAUGAAUUGAUUACAUUUCCUUAGGUGUGUCUCCAGCCGACGUCAUUCACCGCCAAUCAGAGCAGGUCCUCUCAUUCCCUUUAAAUACAGUCUAAAUAGUCUCCCGUGGAGAUGUCGUUAUGCAGAAGAGCAUCUUGUGGAAUCGCAGGCACUGAUCCGCACUUUUGUCACUGCUCUUCCCCAAUGUGGCAACAUACAACGUUAGCGGGUACCCUUAUUAAAUACAGAAUGAGCUGGUGUAAACCCCUGGCGACUUAAGUAUGUCCGCGGACCUUCAGGUCCCCUCCAAUGACCGUUCGUGUAGAUUUGUGAUGGCCGGUAUGUGGGAUGUUUUUUCCAAAAAUAUAAUGACGACGAUAAUAAUGAAGAUAAUAAUAACAAUAAUAUAUCGCAAAACACAAAAUUCAAGAUAAGCCAGUUGUUGCGCUCGACCGCAGUUGCGCCGUCUAUGAAAAUAGAGCCCAGAAACUGGAACAGUAUUUUUUCGUUCAGCUCCGAGUUUCAGAAUAAGUUGUGCAAGUUGGCACUAAAACAUUGAACAGAUGGAAAGUUCCAUUCAAAGGUUGAGAAGAGGUCAAAUUAGGUUAACCUUUUAAGGUUAUAGUAAAAAGGGGGGAAAAAAACAAUUUCACUCUGCAUUUAAUGAAUCUGUAAUAAAUUAUCUUUGACUUUUACUAAAAUUGUGAACUACUGAAAUAAAUUGCUUCCCACAAUGUUAGAAUUCAUUGCGAUGCACCUCUUUAUUUCGAGCCAUUCAAAUUGGCAUCAGGUUUCCAUUUGGUUCAUAAAAAGUGUUCCAACAUUUUCUCCAAGCUUGUAUUCUGUCCUUCUAUCUGUUAUGACAAUAGUGGUCCACAAACACAGACUGCUGCUGGGACUCUUGGGAGAGGUUUUGUGCCAUUGACGCUCGCAAAUUGGCACUGACUCAAGGUGACUGUGACACAGAGCGCUUACCCUGAAGCAUUAAGGUUUAAGUCUUCCACGGACAUCGUGUAUGUGCAAGAAAUUACAAGUCUUGCAGCUGGAGUGACGACCUAAAUAAACAACAACAUACUGUAUUUUCUUCCAGUUCAAUGUAAAAUGGAGAAAUGUGGCCGUUUUUCCAUUGGAUGUUUCCUGUUACGUGUACAUUUUAAGGCAGAAAAACUUGUCUCCUCGUAUAAACUAAUUCUAAUGAAGUAGUGUAGCUCCAUAUCCUAUCAACAGUUUUAACAUAUUCACCAGCUGAGCGUUUCGGUCAACAGCUCAACUGUUUUGAGCCUUAAAUAGUCUGGCACACGUGACUCAAGUUUUCUUGAACUAGCUCAGUAGACGUCCAAUACCUGAAUAACAAAACUCUACUCACAAAGAUGUUUAUGUUGCAAAUUCCACCCUUUAUUGCUAACAAUUUUUUUGUACUGUUAUUUCUAUUGUAUUGUAUUAUUAAUUCAAGGUGUUUGAUUGAAACUUUCUUUAAAUGUUGAGUUGUUCAUUGACGACGAGAGUCUGCCUUCAUUUUGAAGCCUUUGCAUUUUGAUAUUUAUGGCUUUUCUAUGAUUAACGUAGAACACUUGUCAUCAUCUGUUUUUGUUAUAAUUCACAGAUUUGUUUUAUUUUGUCUGGCGAAAUUGUCUUUUCUCAUCACAGAUGACGUCACAGUACUGUUAUUUAUUACUGUGCGGCAUGUAACAAGCAGUUUGACAACAAACAUUAUUUUUCCACAAACAUUGAUAUUAAACACUGAUUGGGGAUAAAUAAUAUCCCUAUAAUAAACAUGGUUAUGGAAAUUUUUGAAUUUGUUGAAUCAAUUACUAUAGAAAUAUUUAUUCAAAAUAAGCUUUUGGAAAAGGAUCAGAUUUGUCAAUGUUGCAAAUGGUGGUGUCUGGUCAUUUUUGCAGGGGGCUAAAUUCUGAGGCAUGCAUUUUGUGUGUGUUUUUGUGUUGAUGAUUCAUAUAUGUAGAUAAUGUUGAGAAGUACAGUUAGAAUUAUUUAUUUUAACUUAAUGCUCAGGCAGUCCCCCUAAUACUACCAUUCCACUGUCUAGCAAUCUAUGUUCAUUUGCUGACGUUGACUAUGUUGUAUGAAGUGAAGACAGUGUUUACCACUGU